CCAACUUCCGGCGGAAGCGCGCGAGAGCAAGAUGGCCACCACCAAGCGCGUGUUGUACGUGGGAGGGCUGGCAGAAGAGGUGGACGACAAAGUUCUUCAUGCUGCCUUUAUUCCUUUUGGCGACAUCACAGAUAUUCAGAUUCCUCUGGAUUAUGAAACAGGAUGCAGCAGCAGCUAUUGACAACAUGAAUGAAUCUGAGCUCUUUGGACGGACAAUUCGUGUCAAUUUGGCCAAACCAAUGAGAAUUAAAGAAGGUUCUUCCAGACCAGUGUGGUCAGAUGAUGACUGGUUGAAGAAGUUUUCUGGAAAGACUCUUGAAGAGAAUAAAGAGGAAGAAGGGGCAGAAACUCCCAAGGCAGAAACCCAGGAGGGAGAGCCUCCUGUGAAAAAGGCCCGGUCAAAUCCUCAGGUGUAUAUGGACAUCAAGAUCGGGAACAAGCCCGCUGGCCGCAUCCAGAUGCUCCUGCGUUCUGACGUCGUGCCCAUGACAGCGGAGAAUUUCCGCUGCCUGUGCACCCAUGAAAAGGGCUAUGGCUUCAAGGGAAGCAGCUUCCACCGCAUCAUCCCCCAGUUCAUGUGUCAGGCUGGGGAUUUCACAAACCAUAAUGGCACCGGGGGCAAGUCCAUCUACGGGAAGAAGUUUGAUGACGAAAACUUUAUCCUCAAACACACUGGACCAGGUCUCCUCUCCAUGGCCAACUCUGGCCCAAACACCAAUGGCUCCCAGUUCUUCCUGACCUGUGACAAGACGGACUGGCUGGAUGGCAAGCACGUAGUGUUUGGGGAGGUCACCGAAGGCCUGGAUGUCUUGCGGCAGAUUGAGGCCCAGGGCAGCAAGGACGGGAAGCCAAAGCAGAAGGUGAUCAUCUCUGACUGUGGAGAGUACAUGUGAGGCGGAGCCACUGCGCUCCCUCUCCGCGCCCCUGUGUCCAGGAAGGAGCCACGGGCUCUGCAGACACUGAGGGUGUCCUGUGUGAAGCAGGCAGCACCGCAUCCGAGCUCCUGCUCGGGGCCAGCUUGGAGCAGCUCCUCCGCAGCAUGGUCUGGACUUGCUCUGGGCUCCUGCCAGGUGCACCCUGGGCCUGGGAGCCAGCGCGGUGCCGCCCUCCCCACCAUGGACGGCUGAGUGUGUCCACUGGCUUUCCCAGGCAUGGGCUGCCGGGCCUGCCCUGGCCCACCUGAGGCUCUUGGACACUUUUUUUGCUAAAAUAAAUCUUGAUUCUUCUUAUAUUACUGCCUCCAGAGAGUUCCUGGGAGCUGUCAGAGAGUGCAUCUGUGGCUAAGCUGUACCUCUGAGGCGGGCUGGCAAGUCUAUAGGGCACAGUUCCUUCCCCACAGCUUUUGUUUCUUCCCUUGGGCCAGUUCCUUUAGAUGGCAGUGAUACAUCUUCAUGCCAGAUGUCUUGUGAGACCAUGUAGGGGCAAUGGAAAUCAAGAUAGUAUAGGAGUUCCUGUUUUAACAGGGCUGGGGAUGAAACUCAGUGGCAUAAGUGCCUGCCUGGCAAGCACAAGGUCCUGAGUUUGAUUCCCAGUACCAAAAAAAAAAGAAGUUCCUGUUUCCUGCUCCCUUGCCUCUGUUGAGACAGCCGCCAGUCUUGUAGCCAGCAAAUAUGCUGAUUAACCUCAGUGGUCUAUUUACUUUUAUUCUGUAGGUUUUUUACAUAUUUUGUAGCUCAGUCUUGCCUUCUGUAUGCCAGAUGCUAUGUGAGGAGACAGAUUAGCAAAAUACAUGCCCUAAUCCAGCCACUGCCUAUUUUGCAAAUACGUUUGUAUUGGAACACAGCCACCUCCAUUUGUUUACCUAUUGUCUAUUGCUGCUUCCUUGCUACAGCAGCAGAGCCGAAUAGUUGGUGACAGACACUGUAUGGUUCCUGUAUUUGUCAAACUUCUCCAAAGAAACAGAACCAAUAGGAUGUGUGCAUGUGUAUGUUGAGGGGGGCACUAUUUUAAGGAAUUGGCCUGCGCAGUUGUGGGGACCGGCAAGUCUGAAAUCCACAGGGCAGGCCUGCAGCCAAAGACUGGGACAAAACUGGUCUCGCCGUUCAAGUCCUAAGGCAGUCUGGAAGCAGUCUGUGUUUUUUGCUUAGGUCUUUUAACUGAGUGGACGAAGCCUGCUUGCUUUAUGCAUGGUGAUCUGGCUUAUUCCAUUGAUUUAAAGAUACUAAUCCAUCUAAAAAAUAGCUUGAUGGUAUCAGCUGGUGUUUGACCAAAAAUGGGUACCAGGGUCUUGGCAAGGUGAUCUUGGGAAGCUUUCUCUACACACAAGUCAGCAGGCAUUUGAAGGGGGACUGGGGCAUUGAGUUCAGGGUUUGUAUAAGAACCAGGAGAGGCUAGGUCCAAAGAGCUUAGCAGAAUCAGCAUGGAUGAAGGCAGAGACUGGGAUCCUAGGAUCGGGGCUGCAACUGCUGGCAUUUCCAGCAGUGAGACAGCGGCUUCCAGACACUGCUACAUCAGCCUCACAGCAGCCCUCUGAGGAAGGAGCUCAGACAGACAACUUGGUGAAAACAGAGUCUCACGACACAGUUCAGGUCUGAAGAAACUGAAAGCCAUGUUUUCAAAAACUAAGACAUUUUCACUAAUAAAGUGAAAAAGAUCACAAAGCAACUUACAUAGUACAGUAUGAUAAAUUAUAUGCAAACAGAUACAUAUGUAUUUUAAGAAAAAAAAAAAUGAAGUGACCAAAAUAUUAAUGGUGUAUUUAUCUGAGUCAUGGUACUAUGGUGAUUUGAAUUAUAUACAAUUGUGUAUUAUUAUUGUCUGCAUUCCUCCAAAACUGCAUUUUUUUAAUAAAUGAAAAAAACCUCUUAAA